AUGCCACGUUCCCGGCGCUCGUCGUUCAGCAGCGAGAGUGCGAUGAAUAGCGACGUCGAUGCUUGGGAAGGGUUCGUCUCCGAUAGCGGCGAUGAAGUUGCUCCUGGCAUGUACCCUGUGCCACUUCCUGCCGCCCUUGGGGCUGAACCAAUUGCGGUAGGGUUCAACCCGACUGCCACCGAAGCUAUGGACCCAGCUGUCGCCGAGGAGGACCAACGCGUCAGGGAAGCCCUCGAUCAGAGCUUUGUCGGCACUCUUAGUGCAUCGCGUUCCAGCACCGGUGGCCACCUCUCCAGCACCCACACCUCUAUUCGCGAUCUUCGGUUGUCCUUCCCCGAUCCUUUGACCAGUUCGCGAGAUGAGUUGAAUAGAUCUUUCGAAGACGUUUCUUCCCCUACAGAGACCACUGCCAGCUCUACCACAGAGGAUGAAGUCGAACCCCCUCAGACUGCUGCUCCGAUAAUCACAACCCCUCCGCUUGAGGAUCCGGGUUUGUUAUCUACUACACCCGAGGUCCAACAUCACGAGGUCGGACAUUUUGAGUCUGAGGACAAGAAAGAAUUAGAGAUUGUCCUCUACGGCGCUCCUUCUAGCAUUAUGUGGAGGUUUGUCCAGGAACUGGUCCAGAAGGCGCUAGUCAACUCAGGCUAUGACUUCAUUAACAACCUUCGUGACGAUGAGCAAAUUCAGACUCUCCGGCUCAUCAGGAAGUCCGAUGAUGCAGCACCGUUCUUCAACAUAAUAACCAUACAUGAUCGAACCCUCGGGUUUACUCCUAAAGCUGAAGUCGACAAUCUUGACUUUGCUGACCACCCUUCAUUGGCAAUUAUUUACCUACCGACGUCCAAACUUCCAAUUCUUCCAUGGCACACCGCUUUCUUGCCUGUUUUCGUUCCUCCUUCUUUCAUCACAGAUGACGAGAAGAAUGCAGCACUCCAAAGCGCCGAAGACGACUGGGAUCUCCUCGCAGUUCCAGCAGACAGAAUCCUCAAACUUGGAACAGGGAAGUCCAUCGUAUUUGACAGCCAGAGGCUUCAAGAUGUUAAACCGUCGAAUGCCCAUGACGUUCUGUCUUGCAUCGGGCGCGAGACGAAGAAGGUGACUGCGUCGAAGCCAUUGACCGAACAGGUCAAAUCAGUGAACGCUGUCACACUAUUUGCCUUGAUGUCUAUCAUCGUGGGAUUCGCCUGCAAUACCGCAUUCCGGCCAGCAUCACCAGCGCCGACACCCACUGUUAAUUCAUCCUCAUCUUCAUCGGGCAACGCAAGCUUAUGGAACAUCGUUGCUCAACCAAACCGCUCUGUCGCCGCAGCUUCAGGCGCCUACACUCACGGAAAAGGUUGCAGUGUUGGAAACUCCGUUAUCUCCAGUCCCACUUUCGCGUUAUCGGUGGUCAACACUGGCACCACUUCGCUUUCCGUGACGUUGCCGCCUUCUUCGUCUUCGUUGAGCCUCAUCGUCGCCAGCAGCUCCAAGGCUUUGUCUGCAGUCACGACAACCACUCCGGCCAAGUGUUACAACUGCAAGGGCAGCACUUCCGAUAAUACGGCAGCAACAACAGACGUUGUCCUCCGAGCGACGACUACUCUCUCAGAGAUCCCUCGGCUGAAGCCUUCCUCUUCCACUGUAGUUUCUCGUGCCAACGCCGCGUCGGUAUCCUCCGUCCUUCUCACCGAGGGGUCCACUUCCAAGUCUACCAUCGCUUCUGCGGCGUCGGCAGCUGCGAACCUCAACCUCAACACCGUCUCUGAGGUAUUCGAUGCCACGGCCAAGGCACUCACAGAAGCCGUCAGCAGCGACCUCAACGAACUGGUCGAGGCCGCGGAUGAGCUCUUCAGCUCCAUCAUCCAGCAGACGGACAUCGUGAUCAAGCAGUCCAAGGGUAAAGCCCGUGCCCUCGGCGAGCAGCUGCAGAACCUGAACGAGGAGGUCAUCGCACGCAAUGAGAAAGCUAAGAAGCGUGCAAAGGAGCUCAAGAAGAAGGGCGAGGAUAUGAUGCGUGGAGCGAAGGAGGAGUUCAAAGAGAGGUCGGAUAGGGCUAAGAGCCGCGCCAGAGUGCUGAGGAAGACGAUGAUGGACGGUGGAACGGAGGCGUGGAAGACAUAUGGGAGGGCGCAGGGCGAGUGGGAGGAGAAGCUGUUGGGGAAGGUUGGUAGGAAGGAGAAGCAGUCGAAGAAGAACAGGAGGAACGAGAGGAGAGCCUCGGAUAAAGAGAAUGUCGCCACUUCAGGCGGCUCUCAGAGGAGGAUCUGGAAUCCCAGAGGAUCUCGUCGUUCCAAGGUCUAA